AUGCCCAUUGCAAGGGGGAGAGAAGAUGCUCCAGGGCCAUAUGCAGUAGAUAACCACAGAUCUUUUAAUGACAAACAUGGUCUCACCGGUAAACGUGAAAUACAGCCUGAUGAGGAUAUUAAAGCAGGGAAUCUUGGAAGACCACUGGCUGAUGAAAACAUUGUGCGCACAGUAAUUGAAUUUCUGACUUACUUGCAUCUUAAAGAGGUGGGAGCACUUGACAAACUAUCUUCACCGGAGGAAACAAACCAGUCUUGAAGAAGAAUGCAUUUUUAUUUUGUUGUAGUGUAGAUUUAGAUUGAAUUCUAAACAAAAAAUCCAAAUGAGCUGAAGAUGAGAAGUAUUGCUUGCAUUAAUCUGAUAAAUGGUAAACAGCAAUCUGUCCUCUGGGUUUUUUGUUUGUUUCGUUUUUAGUUUUUGUUUGCCCUUUUUUUUUUCUCUCUCCUGUGAUGUUAUAGUGUAAACUUUUGCCUUGGCAAAAUUUUUCUGUAGGUAAAUGAUAAAAUAAAAAUAAAGAGCAACUACAUUGUUUCAUUUUAAAAUUAA